ACCUGCUGAGGUCCCCUGGUUGUCCACUAGAGGGCACUCCAUCCCAACCUUCUGCCACUUUAUCCAGGACUUUGUUCUCUACAAUCCUCUGAUGGUCUCAUCAGCAAUCAUUGGUUACACCUGUGUCUCAUUAGUAUGGUUAGCUCCGCCUAUAUAAGCCUGGUUCUCACUUGCAGACCUUGCUAUGUAUGUGUAUCUGCAAUUCUGUGCCUUGUUCUCCUGUGUCUUGGUUCCUGGUCUUGUUGUGUUAACUGUUUUCUGGAUGACUACGUUUGCUCCAGCCCCUUAUUCUAUUCUGGCUGUGUUCCACCAUCUUGCAACAAAAACAUCGUUAAUCUGGACUCUUCAUUAACACAGAGUAAUGACAACAAUUUCCCUGGUCCAGGUGGGUUUCCAGGCACUAUGAAUAAGACCAGUAAUGACAUAUUGUCCAUCUCAGAAGAGGCUGUUGAUUUCCUCAAAGGCCCAGUGGUCACACGCAUCAUGCCCUCAUUCUACAUCAUCAUCAUCCUCAUUAGUUUGCCCCUGAAUGCUUUGGCCUUGGUGACGUUCACCUGUAAGAUUCGAGAGAAGAAACCAGCUGUGAUCUACAUGUCUCACCUGGCGUGUGUGGACCUGCUCUUCACCCUGCUGCUGCCUCUGAAGAUCCACUACCAGCUGAACGCUUCAGAUUGGGUGUUCGGUGAGGCGGUGUGUCGUGUGAUCAGUGCAGCUUACUACUGCUACAUGUACUGCUCCAUACUGCUGAUGAUGUGCAUGAGUGUGGACAGGCUGCUGGCCGUGGUGUUUCCCAUCCCCUCUCUGACCUGGAGGAGCACAAGGAAAGCCACAUACAUAUGUGUGCUGGUCUGGCUGCUGGCGAUCGCUGGUACAGUGCCACUUCUCUUAGUGAGACAAACAGUUAAGACUGAAAAUGUGGGGAUCACGUGCCAUGAUGUGCUAAGCAAAAAUUACACUACAGUAAUGUAUUAUGUGUACAUGUUCUUCAUCCUCUCCUGCCUUUACUACUUUGUGCCACUAAUCAUCACCUUAGUGAGCUACUCCACCAUCAUAUAUGCGCUUCGUGUAAAGUCUGAUCUCUUAACUACAUCAUCCUCAUCUUCAGGCAGCCGAAGGAGAGCUGUGAUUAUGGCUAUCGCUGUGCUGACUGAGUUUGUGUUGUGCUUUGCUCCAACCAAUGGUUUCCUGUGGUACCACUGUUAUGUUUUAGCUACUGGAAACAACAGGGGCCAGGGAGAUUCAUCGUAUGUGGCUUACCUGUUGGCUGUGUGUUUGGGGAGCACAAGUGUUUUUCUGGACCCUCUGCUGUACUACUACGGCUCGUCUCAGAGCAGACAGAAGAUCAGCUCUGUGUUUAGGAGGGAAAAAACAACCUCACCAUGUAACACACAGACAAAAUCCACAGAUGUCACUAAAGACAGGCUUUUGGUAAAGUGUGAAAAAAACUGAACAAGUACAGUAUGUGGUUUCCAUAAAUUGCAUUUUGAAUAUAUUAUAUGAUAUAUAUUUUGCAUCAAUUGUUAAAAUGCUAAUACUUGUUGCGUUUGUCUGUUCAAAAGCAGAAGGGAUGUGUAACUGUUGCCUAAUCAUAGAUGUCUUUUGCAAAACUUAAGGUUGUACUUCCCCUACUUUUUAAUGUCACAUGUAAUUUUUUCACACUGUCUUUGAUUUAUAAACUUCAGGGGGUUGCUUUGGCUAUUAUACUGUUAAGACGUCUGUUUGUAAAUAUGUGUACUCUGUGAUAGUUUACACUGUCAUUAUUCAGCAAUGUUGCUGCGUAAUCGAAAAGCGUUGAUAUGUAAAAUGAAGUCUUUUUUCCACAAACUAGAAGUGAAAUAGUAGUCCAUGUAAAGAUUUCUUUGUGGAGGGAAAAAAUAUAUAUAUAUCUGGCAUAGAGAAAAAAAAAAAAUAAAUAAAGUAUAAACACGUAUUAAA